AUGAGCCCACAACAAAAACGAUCUCGCGAGGCGAUGCAAACCAGCCUGCCCAAUAAGAGGCAAAACAAGGGCCCUGCAACGAGCGACACUGAGAACUCGUCAUCAAUGGAUGAAGAGCUUCCUUCUCAAGGCUAUAAUCAGUGCCUGUCUCCAACUCUUAGCCAGCAUCGAGCGUUUCACGACAACUGUCCUAGCCAUGGAAGCAUGGAGUCCGACGCGUUGAGCUCUAGUGCCAUCCAUCCUCCUUCUGGUCUCUGGUCACCUCCCACCGAGCCGCCUCUGGAUCGCUUGGAUCGUAUCGAACGGGCUCAAGGCCGUCUCAGAGCUGGCCUCGAUGCACUCCAGUCGCUAGUUGCUAGCAGAAGCGUAGUCAACAAAUCCGCGACUUGGGAACUGCAUGCACGAGUGCAGGCUCUAGAGAGGGAAGCCAAAUCUCCUUCCUACGAGGCAAUACUUGCUGAGAAUGGGCAACUGCGCCGAAGCACCACCAUACUCGAGCGCAACCUCAAAGACCAAGCUAGGACGCUACAAGCAUUGCGACAAAGUUACGCCCAGCUCUAUAAUCAGCUGGUUCAGGCGAAUGUGAAGAUAGCUUCUCUUCAGGGCGGCAGAGUCUAA